GAGCAUUUUGUUUUGAAACUUGUCAAAUUGACCAACCCAGCUGUUUGUUUUCUUUUCCUGAAAAAGUUUUUUUAACUAACUAAAAAAAUCCUUGAAAAAAUGAAAAUUAUUUAGAGAAAACUAUUGAAAAACUCUCGGCCCUAUUGCAUAAAUGUUAAUGUUUUCGUUUUGCGUCAUAUUCCGUUGUCGGAGGUGCAAAAAAGUUGCUCGAAAAAUGUGUGCGAUGUAAGGCUGCGGAAAACGUGAAAUUUUACAGACAACUCUAUUGGAAAGAAGAAAAACAAGCACACACGUUGCCACAGUGGCAAUAAUAACUAAAACAGACUCUGGGCUGUAGUGAAAAAGUGAAAAGGGUAUAAUAUUGCGAAACAUAGUUCCCGGGGCGCGCUGAGACAAGACGACUCGAAUAAUUGAUACAAGCAAAAAUACCUCAUGCAAGAUGCACCUCAAUCAUGCAACAGCAGUAAGUACGGCCGCUAUGAUCAAUUAUCAGCAUUAUGCACCGGCACAAAUUACAACUUCCCAUGGGGUCACCACCUCGACGAAUCAACACCAGACCAUAUCUGCAGCCGGACUGCAGCAGGGGCCUUUCACCCUACAUCAGCUAACAGCUGUACAAGCCAUACAGCAUCCUACCCAUCAGGCUAUGCUACAUCCGCAACAUCCUUUGGUCCAUCUAUUGGAUAUUUCCACAACGGCAGCCAAUACAUCGAAUAUCAAUCAUCCGGCACCGAUAACGCCGAUGACCGUGACAAAGGUUGAGAUGCCCGAAGAGAUUCCAGAGCCUCCCAUAGAUGAUCCACGCAAAAAGAAACAGUGCCACAUUUGUAAAAACAAGUUCCGGCAAUUGACCACACUUCGUAAUCAUAUGAAAAUUCACACCGACGAAAGACCCUACCGUUGCAAACAUUGUGAGAAGGCAUUUCGUCAAAUCUCCACACUUACAAAUCAUGUUAAGAUCCAUACCGGCGAGAAACCAUUUAAAUGCAAUAUUUGCUCAAAGGAUUUUCGUCAACAGUCGACUUUAAUCAAUCACAUCAAAACUCAUAAGGUUUUCGCCACACUUGCAGAACAAAAUGGAUCGACGGCAUUGAUUAACUAUCCGCCACCACAGACAACGCAGGGUACUUCACGUAAAGGACAGUCCAAGGCAGCUGCCCAUGCUACGGCGGCACAAUUGAUUCAUCAGCAACAGCAGCAGCAGCAGCAACAGCAACAGCAGCAACAACAAGGGCAAAGUACAAUAACAUAUACACAACAACAAAGACAAAAUAUAACCAAGAGUCUUUAUACAGGCAGUUACAAUUCACCACAGGCGGACGAGCUGGUCAAGCCAUUUCAGUGUCAUAUUUGCAAACGGAGGUUCCCACAACUAAGUACCCUGCAGAAUCACGAACGCACCCACAUUGAUCCGAAACCCUACAAAUGUGAUGGUUGCGACAAGGCAUUCAGUCAACUAGCAACUCUGGCCAAUCACAAGAAGAUCCAUUCCGGUGACAAGCCGUACGCAUGUCAAUACUGUUGCAUGACCUUCCGGCAGCAGAGCACUCUCAACAACCAUAUGAAGACACAUGCCAAUCAAGUGGCCACCAUAACAUCGCACAACACUGCCCUGGUAGCAGCAACAGGCACAGGAGGAGGAGGAGUAAAUCACCCGACCCAUGGUAAUAGUAACAUCCCUUUAGCAGCCGCUACCAUCAUGGUGACCCCAACCGCUUCGGGACAUUUGCAAAUACAGCCCCAAGUAGAGCAUCACCCCUUGCUACAUUUUCUCGAUAGCAACACCACCGUCAGCACCCUAAGUAAUAAGGAACAAUUCUCCUCGCCCAAUAAUAUAGGCGGCGCCCCCACAAACACCACCGGCGUUGUGGCCCAUUGUAUACGUAACAGUUGUCCAGAUCGUCCAUUCAUGUGUAGCGUCUGUCGUCGGGCCUUCUCCCAGCAAAGUACACUCGCCAAUCACUUGAAGACCCACACCGGCGAGAAGCCAUACAAAUGCAAAAUAUGCGAAAGUCAUUUCCGACAAGUCUCCACACUAAAUAAUCACAUGAAAAUCCAUACCGGUGAAAAGCCCUAUGUUUGUUCCUAUUGUCCUAAGCAAUUUAGACAAAAAAGUACUCUUACUAAUCAUGUGCGCAUUCAUACCGGUUGAAAUAGAGCAAAUGAUGAGGGCGCUGCCGCCGACGCCAAUACCAACGCCAUUUCCAUAGUCGAUCAAACUAACAGCAACACUUCGAUGCUGUUAGCAGCAGCACCACCACCACAACCACCCACAACAACACAGCCAACGGCAGCGCCUCAUCAUUUGUCACACCACUAUACAACAUUUCUAAAUUCACCACAUCAUCAAAUACGUCCUUUCAUUGUUUCGCUCUCGCUACCAUGAUCAUUGCAUAAAAGCUCAUACCAAUAACGAAUCGCCUGCCCGCCCUUCCGCCAUCCCGCCUCUCCCAUUGAUUUCCAACACAAUUUUUACAAACCACCACACUCACCUCUCACUCUCCCACUCCCCCACACUCUUGCUAGCUAGCUAGUUCGCUCCUUAAUCCCGCUCUCACAUGAUGAUAUUCUAUAAACAAACAACAAAAGAGAAGAAAAAAAAAAACAAAAACAAAACAAACCUUGCUAGAGAACAUAGAAGUUACUGUUGUUUCCUUUUCUUAGAGAAUUUCUUAGAAAUUCUAAUUGCCGCAGCAUACAAACAAACAAAGAAACCCGUAAUGAGAAUUUGCAAAUGAAAACGUAAAACUAAAAUCUAUACAACAACAACAAACAACUAAUUUUAAGCUUAGAGUUCUUGGUGUUCGUUAAACUAAACAAAAACAAAUCUCUUUCACUCUCUAUCUCUCUGUAUCACACACACACACACACACAAACACUCACCCACUAUACAACACUCUCUCUGUUAUUCUUUCCCAACUGAAAGCCUAAAGAAGAGUAUAAACUUUACAAAAGAAAACAAAAAAAUGGUCCUUUCACAAAACUGCUGUGCAGCCGUCGUCAUAUAUACCUACUAUACCUAUACAUAAAAAUAAAACAAAAAGAAAAAAAUAUUCUAUAUAACAUUUAAGGGUACUUUCAAGCAUACUGUGGUGAGUUGUUUAGUGGCGACAAGUCGCCUUAAACACUGACCUACGCUACUAUUUAAAAGAAAAUAUAAGAAAAAUACUGAACAAAUUUAAAGAAAAACUGAUAAUACAGGGUGUUAAACAUUACUUUUUUUAUUGUUCUCCCUCCCCUCCCCCCCUAGCUUCCUUCGUUGCAAUCCCCUCUGUUGCUUUUUGUUUGCAAAUAAAAAAAUAUAGCUUACCACUCCCCAUUUACCAAUUUCCCCCUCCCUUUUAUACCUUUAAGCAAUUUUUUGUGUUUUUAUUUUCCCAUUUUAAAAUAGCAUAAGUUUUUUUUAUUGGUUUUCCAUCGUACUCUCCUCUCCCCCCUUCUCUUGCUCUACCAUAUUUACAUUCAAAAACGAGAAAGCCUUGCUUUUCUUAGCUCCCCAAAACAACUUUUUGUUUUUAUUCUUUUUUUUUUAUUAUUUUCCUUAUCAAAUGCCUCCUAACUUUAAUGUAACGAUAAUUUAAAAAUUAAACAAAAACAAAAAAUGCGGAAAAAACUAAUUUGUUAGUACAUACAUACAUACUAAAUAUUAUUAUUAUUAUUGUAUACAUAGUAUAUAGUUGGCCGUCAUGAUGAUAAUGAUGAAAAAUAUAUGCAAAAUUUCACCAAACAUCAUAAUCAGUUUGAUUUGUAUGACUGAUUGAUGAUUGACUAUGUGUGUAAUUGAUGAAAAACAAAAUGAAUAGAAACGAAAUGAAGUGAAACAAAAAGAAAAUUUCGCUAAAGAUGAAAUAUUUUUUAAAAAAAUGGGGAAAAUAUUACAAGUAUUUUUUCAUGUGCAACUUUUUUUGUAAUUUGUAAUUUUUUUAUACGUUGAAGAAUAUUUGAACAAGAACACAACACAACAUACACAAAGAACAACAAUAAUUGAUACUGUGUACUUAAAAAACCAACAAAAACAUACAACAAAAAGAAACAAAAUAAAGAAAAAUUAUAUAAGAAAUAUAAAAAAAAUAAACGUUUAAAACCAUAA